AUCGUUCCAUGCAACAGACAAGACCUGCAGAAGAGGUCCAACUUUAAAGUCUGAGAUACAACAAACAGUGAAUCAGUAGAAGCUCGCUCACCUGAUCCUCUACUAUGAUUAUGUGACAGCUGCUCCCUGUCUCACAUCUGUCCAGGUGUUCGUUUUUUCCCAGACGUGCUAUUAAAUAGAAGCUCGUCCUCUGCUCUAAUUCAGUGCUUGGUCCUUCGGUUUCACUGACUUUCAUUUCUAUCCCAACCAGUUUAGUUCUGCAGGGUUUGUGUUGCUCGGGUUCAAAUGAUCCUGCAUCAGAAUAAAUUUUCUUUCAUCUUUUAGGUUUUUGGACUUGAGUCCCUUGAGAACGGUUGUGGUAGGAUGUGAUCCUUCGUCUCAUGAUCAUAACUUCAAAACUUGUGGCUCAAAUUCACUAAUUAAGAAGCUUCUUAACAAGCGAGAGCUGCUACUGAAGCUUUUAAUAGAGAGUUGUCUUUUUGAACAGGAUCAUACCUCUUCCACCUGCGUGUAGAGCAGCUCUCUGAUAUCACAACCAGUAAUCAAGGCCAACGGCACCGAGUCUCCUUCGGUCGACCAAGGAGGCUCGAAUUCCACAACUGUAGAGACUUGUAAGCAGUGAUACACUUGGUUCCUGUCAGCGAUGAAUGAAACGCCUGCCACCCUCCACACACUCCUCCCCCGAGUGGUCCAACAUGCUGCGACCUGACAGAGGCAUGCUCUCAUCCAUCUGGAAGAUAAACAGUGAGAGUGCCAGCAACAGCAGAGACUGAACACACACCAGGGGCCGGUGGCUCAGCCACAGCCAGAACCAUGCAGAACCAUGGUACUGCUCAAAGAGCCCGUUCUGGUCAGAGCCUCCAUCACGUUGAGACACAGCUGGUUAGGACUCUUCAUACGUCUUGGUUGGGUUCUGUCUGGAUCAUGGUCCAAAUGAUAAAUGAUGAAGUCGCCUCCUUGCAGCUUGACCAGAGCUUUCACAUAUACUAUGCUAACACAUGUUAGCGCAUUGCGUUUGCACGUUGAACCACGUCCAGAUCCGUCCACUCUAACCGUGUUUAUUGGUGGGGGUGGAGGUAGAACCAGAUGGCUCCGCAAGGAUCCUGCUGGUCAAUAAUCUGAUCAGCCUUGGGCUCUGUGUAACCGAGCUACUGGUGCCUCAUUAGAACCUGUCCCAGUAAAGAGCAGAGCUGUUUCCUCCGGGGUUGAUCUGAAUCAGAGCGACGACUCGCUGUGUAAUAGUAGAGACAGAAGCUGCACAUCAAGCCUCCGCUGGUUGUAGGUUGAUGUCUACACGUACAUGUCCAUAACAUGCUGGGUUCCCUCUGCAGCUGAAGAUGGGUUCAUGUGUAAGACUCCAGCCAUCGCAGACAUCGUGAUCCUGGUGGAUGGCUCCUGGAGUAUCGGCCGCAUCAACUUCCGGCUGGUCAGGACGUUUCUGGAGAACCUGGUCCGGGCCUUCAGCGUGGAGUUUGAUAAGACCAGAGUCGGCUUGGCUCAAUACAGCGGAGACCCCAGAAUCGAGUGGCACCUCAACGCUCACACCACGAAACAGGCUGUGAUCGAUGCUGUGAAGAACCUGCCUUAUAAAGGAGGCAACACGCUGACAGGUCUGGCUCUGACCUUCAUCAUGGAGAACAGCUUUAAGGCAGAGUCUGGAUCCAGAUCAGGCGUUCCCAAGAUUGGAAUCCUCAUCACUGAUGGGAAGUCCCAGGAUGACGUGAUUCCCCCGGCUCAGAGGCUGAGGGAAGCUGGGAUAGAGCUGUUUGCCAUCGGCGUAAAAAACGCUGACGAGAACGAGCUGAAGGCCAUCGCCUCCGCGCCCGCUGAGACACACGUCUACAACGUGGCCGACUUCAGUGUGAUGAGCGAGAUCGUGGAGGGUCUCACCAAGACCGUGUGCGACCGUGUGGAGCAGCUCGACAAGCAGAUCAAAGGAGAACCGGCCCCCCCGCCCACUUCGGUGGCUCCUCCUCGUGAUCUGGUGACCUCCGACAUCACGGCGCGCAGCUUCCGGGUCAAGUGGACCCACGCGCCGGGUCAGGUGGAGAAGUACCGCGUGGUCUACUACCCUGCCAGCGGAGGGCAGCCGGAUGAGAAGGUGGUCCAGGGGACGGAGAACAGUGUGGAGCUCAACUACCUCAACUCUCUGACUGAGUAUCAAGUGGCUGUUUUCGCCAUCUACCGCAGCUCAGCCAGUGAAGCCCUGAGAGGAAGCGCCACGACACUGGCUCUGCCCAUGGUCAACGACCUGGAGCUGUUCGAUAUCACUCACAGCACCAUGAGGGUCCGCUGGAAGACGGCCGCCGGGGCUUCUGGGUACAUGAUCCUUUACGCGCCCCUGACGGAGGGAGACCCCGCAGAUGAGAAGGAGGUGAAGGUCUCUGACUCGGUGAAGGAGGUGGAGCUGGAGGGACUGACCCCGGCCACCGAGUACACGGUGACCGUUUACGCCAUGUAUGGGGAGGAGGCCAGCGACCCCAUGACCAGCCAGCAGACCACACUGCCUCUGGCUCCGGCCCAGAACCUGCGGUUCUCAGACGUCAGUCACAGCUCCGCCCGCCUCGCUUGGGACUCCGCCUCCAGAAAGGUCCUCAGCUACCGCGUCAUGUACGUGAAGACCAACGGCGUCCAGACCAACGAGGUGGACGUCGGCCGCGUGAACACCUGGUUCCUGAAGAACCUGACCUCGCUGACCGAGUACACGGUCGGGGUGUUCGCCAUCUACGACGAGGGACAAGCUGAGCCCACGACGGACAGCUUCACCACCAAGAUGGUGCCCGACCCGCUGGACCUGAAGAGCAGCGACGUGUCCCCGGACAGCUUCAGGGUGUCGUGGGAGCACCCGGCGCCUGACGUGGUGCUGUACCGACUCACCUGGACGCCCACCGACGGAGGCGACAGCGAGGAGGCGCUGGUGAAUGGAAACGUUAACACCUACCUGAUAAAAGGCCUCAGCCCGCUCUCGGAGUACGAAGUCCUGCUGGCCGCCGUUUAUGGGAACGAGGUGGAGAGCGACGAGGUGGUGCUGGUAGAGACCACAGUGGAGAGAACAACCUCGGUUGCGACCACAACCACCACCACAGCAGCUCCUCGCUUUGGUGUGAGGAACAUGAGGAUCGAUGAGGAAACCACCUUCAGUAUGCGCGUGUCCUGGCAGCCGGUGGACUCCAGGAACGUCCGGCACUACCGGCUGAGCUACAUCAGUGCCAGGGGCGACAGGGCGGAGGAGACGAGGACGGUGCCGACCGGUCAGAGCAGCCUGGUUCUGCAGCCGCUGCUGUCGGACACGGAGUACAAGGUGUCCCUCACUCCCGUUUACCCCGAGGGGUCGGCGCCGACGGCCACGCGGAUGGGCCGAACACUUCCUCUUUCGGCGCCUAAGAACCUGCGGGUGUCUGAGGAGUGGUACAACCGCUUCAGGAUCAGCUGGGACGUUCCGCCGUCGCCCACCAUGGGCUACAGGGUGGUGUACCAGCCUCUGUCCGCUCCUGGACCAGCUCUGGAGACCUUCGUGGGGGAAGACGUGAAUACGAUGCUGAUUCUGAACCUGCUGAGUGGGACGGAGUACAGCGUGAAGGUCAUCGCCUCCUACACCACCGGCUCCAGUGAAGCGCUUUCUGGGAAGGCCAAGACGCUUCACCUGGGCGUCACCAACCUGAGCACGUACCAGGUGAGGAUGAACGGCCUGUGCAGCCAGUGGCAGCCGCACCGACACGCCAGCAGCUACAGGGCCGUCAUCGAGUCGCUGCUCAACGGGCAGAAGCAGGAGGCGACUCUGGGAGGAGGAUCCAGCAGACACUGCUUCAGCGGCCUGAAGCCCAACACGCAGUACAAGGUCAGCGUGUUCGCUCAGCUGCUGGACGGAACCGAAGGCCCGGCGGUGACGGCCCACGAGAAGACGCAACCCGUCCCCACGCCGGCGCCGACCAGGCCGCCCUCCACCACGCCGCUACCCACAAUCCCCCCUGCCAAGGAAGUCUGUAAAGCGGCCAAAGCAGACCUGGUUUUUCUGGUCGACGGCUCCUGGAGCAUCGGCGAUGACAACUUCCUGAAGAUCAUUGGUUUCCUGUACAGCACCACCGGCGCUCUGGACCGGAUCGGGCCGGACGGCACCCAGGUGGCCAUCGCCCAGUUCAGCGACGACGCCCGCACCGAGUUCAAGCUCAACUCCUACAGCGACAAGGAGCAGCUGCUGGACGCCAUCAACAAGAUCAGCUACAAGGGAGGAAACACCAAGACAGGUCGAGCCAUCCAGCACGUGAAAGAGAAGAUCUUCACGGUGGAGGGAGGGGUCCGGAGGGGGGUCCCCAAAGUCCUGGUGGUUCUGACAGACGGCCGGUCCCAGGACGACGUCAACAAGGUCUCCAAGGAGCUCCAGAUGGAAGGCCACAUCGUGUUCGCCAUUGGCUUCGCUGACGCCGACUACGGGGAGCUGGUGAGCAUCGCCAGCAGGCCCAGCGACAGACACGUCUUCUUUGUCGACGACCUGGACGCCUUCAAGAAGAUCGAGGAGAAGCUGGUGACGUUCGUGUGCGAGGCUGCGACGGCCACCUGUCCGUCCGUACCCAUGAGCGGCAGCACGACUCCAGGGUUCCGGAUGAUGGAGCUCUUCGGGCUGGUGGAGAAGCGCUACAGCAGCAUCUCGGGCGUUUCCAUGGUACCGGGCACCUUCAACAGCUUCCCCUGCUUCCAGCUGCACGCCGACGCGUCGCUGGCUCAGCCGACGAGGUUCGUGCAUCCUGAGGGGCUGCCGUCGGACUACACCAUCACCAUGCUGUUCCGGCUGCUGCCCAACACUCCACAGGAGCCCUUCGCCCUCUGGGAGGUCCUCAACAAGGACCGCGAGCCGCUGGUGGGCCUCAUCCUGGACGGCGGAGGGAAGACGCUGACGUUCUUCAACAACGACUACAGAGGAGACUUCCAGACCGUCAUGUUCGACGGACCCGAGAUCAGGAAGCUUUUCCACGGCAGCUUCCACAAGCUUCACGUCGCCAUCACCAAAACCAGCGCCAAGGUGAUGAUCGACUGCAAGAUGGUGGCAGAGAAGGCCAUCAACGCCGCAGGGAACAUCACCACGGACGGGCUGGAGGUUCUGGGCAGGAUGGUCCGGUCCACAGGGAACAAAGACAACUCUGCCCCGUUCCAGCUGCAGAUCUUCGACAUCGUCUGCAGCACGUCCUGGGCCAACAGGGACAAAUGCUGUGAACUUCCUGGUCUGAGGAAGGAGGCCGACUGUCCGGCCAUGCCCAAAGCCUGCACCUGCACCCAGGACAGCAAAGGCCCCGCUGGCCCCGCUGGACCCCCAGGAAACCCAGGAAUCAGAGGAGCCAGGGGCGACCGCGGAGAGCCGGGUCCGGUGGGUCCGAGUGGUCCGGUGGGUGAAACGGGCGUACCGGGACCCCAGGGGCCCCCAGGACCGCAGGGACCCAGCGGGCGUUCCAUAAUAGGACCCCCAGGAGCUCCAGGAGAGAGAGGACAGAAAGGCGACGCCGGACAACAAGGAGCGCAGGGGAUUCCUGGGCGGCCCGGCGGCGUGGGCAGAGACGGACCCCCCGGACCCAGAGGCCUGCCAGGCAAAGACGGGCCCCAGGGCCAGCAGGGGCCCCCCGGAACCAUCGGGACUCCAGGAGCUCCAGGGUCCCCAGGAAGUACAGGCCCCCCAGGAAAACAAGGAGAGCUGGGGCCUCCGGGGCCUCCUGGAGGCAAAGGCGAGAAAGGUGAACGGGGAGACCUCCAGUCCACUGCGUCCGUUCAGGCCAUCGCCAGGCAGGUCUGCGAGCAGCUGAUCCAGAGCCACAUGUCGCGUUACAACUCCAUCCUGACCCAUGUUCCCAGUCCGCCCGUGUCCAUCCGCACCGUGCCGGGUCCCCCCGGAGAGCCCGGUCGACAGGGUGCUCCAGGGCUGCAGGGUGAACAGGGACCCCCAGGAAGACCCGGCUUCCCGGGGCAGAAUGGGCAGAACGGCCAACCAGGAGAAAGAGGUCAGCCAGGAGAGAAGGGCGACAAGGGAGCAUCGGGGGUUGGAGUCCAAGGCCCCAGAGGACCUUCAGGACCUCCUGGUGCACAAGGACAGGGCAGACCCGGCACCCAGGGUCCAACGGGUCGGCCUGGAAAUCCCGGAUCUCCGGGUCGGCCUGGGGUGCCAGGACCUGUGGGCCCUGCUGGGCCUCCAGGCUACUGUGACCAGAACUCCUGCGUGGGCUACAACGUGGGAGAGGAUGUCACUGAUGGAGGCGCUGUUCCCCCAGUCCAACUGCCACCCAGUGUCUUCCAGAACUACGGUGAGGUAGAGGAGGACGACCCGUACCGCUACUACCAGCCCAACUACCCGGCCCCGCAGCCGGUGUCACCCGACGACCCCACGCUCGCGCUGGACGACCUCGAGCUCAGGUCCCCCGGCGUCCACCGUCGAACAAGGAGCCUGGAGGAGGCACAGGGGGGAGUCGGGUUGAAGAGGAGGCUAAAGAGAGGAAGAGGGACUAACUAAGAACGGGGCCGCUGGCUGUUUUAGUGGACGCUUUGGAGCCAGUACGGACUAAUCAACAAGUGCCUGAUUUGGAAGAUUUGUGGGGUCGGGGGUUGGGUGGGGGGAUGGGGUGGGGGGGUUCAGGCAGUGACUAUGUUAACUCAUCUAUGCUGUUGUAUUAAUAUCAAGAAAAUGUUUUAAUGAUGUAAGUUUUGUUACUUUGUUCAGUCGAGACGCUUCAUCUUUACCUUUCUUGGAGACUUUGUGAUUUGGUUAAGUGCCUCCUUUUGUCCUGUUUAUUCUGCCGGAGCUUUAAGUCCAGUUCCUGCCGUGCGUCCACAGACACAGCUCAGAUUCCUGACCCUCGGAGCUGCUGUGAUGUGCCAGGGCACAGACGGCAGCAGCUCAGGUGUGAGUCAGGAGCUCCUUCACGUCUCCAAACGGCUGGUUUCCAGCUUCAGAGCCAAACAAAGAGUCCGUUCUAUCAUGAUUCAUUUAGACAGAGCCACGGACGUGUUUGAGCAGCUUCCCUCUGCUUCCAGUGGCUGACGGUGCUGUGGAUCAGAGACAUUUGAGUUGUAGAAAGUGGUUCACCAGUCGGAAGGAGAGACUGGAACCGCUUCUGUCUGUCUCUCAUUUGGCAUAUUGAGCUUUUGUCGUAUCGUUGGAUGGUUUGGUCUCAUUUUCUCCUGAAGCUACGAUGUGUUUGACUGCAUGUAUGAAUUUGUUGUUCUUACGUUGGUUUAGCUGCAGAUGCCAGUUGGAUCAAAGGAAGCGUUGUUGCUUCUCCUCUUCAGAUAAAGAUGUCACUUCCCUCAUCAUAAUGUUUGGGUCAAAGACUCCUCGUUCAUCCUCCUGCCUCUGUCUUUAACAGGAAGUCGUUGUCUUGAACAUCGUCUUUCCAUCUAGAAACAUGUGGUCCUGUAGUGAUGCUCCGCAGCCUCUGCUGCCUGUUUACACCUGAAGACAGGUGGAUCUGAGACGAGUGUUUGCUCCAAACGUUUGAGGCCUUCAGGUCUGUGGUGGACAACAACAGGCCACAGAGUUUCCUUCUCCACCUCUGACCAGGAUGUUUAAGAAGUAAACUCAAAGUAACUUAUUUUUUACUUGCUAUUGAUUUUCUCAAAACAAUAAAAGUGAAUUAAACGA